AUGUACGAUAAAAUUAUUGCAUACCAAACAAUAGACGAAGAAAUGGAAAAGUUGCAAGCCGUACUCGACUUGUUAAAGGAAGCAAACUUGACGUUGAACCUCAUAAAAUGUAAUUUCUUUAAAAAAUCAAUUGACUACCUUGGAUUUGAGAUAUCGCACGAAGGUGUGAGACCAGGUCUUAAAAAGGUUGAAGAUGUUGCUGCCUUUAAGACGCCACAAAAUGUACAAGAAGUUCGUCAGUUUCUAGGCUUGUCGAGUUUCGCUUAA